AGGAGAAUUAUGAAGAUAUUGAUUGGUAACGACGGUGGGUAAAAAGCGGAAAUGUCAAAAAGAAAGUUGAAAAUUCAUGAGUCGAAAUGUAUUUUUAUGUCCACAUACGAUGUAAAGUCAGUUUGAUAACUUUGAUUAAAUGAUAUACUUGUUUUUGUUAUGAGUUCUGAAUUACGAACGAAAGAGGGAGAGCUUCAAAAACUUCGUCGUCUGAAGGGUUGGAAAACAUAUUACUUCAAGUUGGAAAGAAGCUAUUUACAUUAUUUUGAAACAGAAUACACAGCAAAACCUAUUGAAACAAAGACAAGAGGUGACAUAUCAAAAGUGGAACUUUCAAAGGAGGAUUCUAUCACAGGCUUUGAUAUUAUAUUCAAGUCAGGUGAUACUUGGCAUUUGCAAGCAGAAACAAAUGAGGAGAGAUUGGAUUGGAUGAAAACAUUGAAGCCUGAUGCAAAAAGUAAUAAUCAUACCGUGAAAACUACUACCACUACAGCUCCAUUGACAGAGCAAAAUAAUAUAUUUCCACCUAAUUAUCAAAGACUAUAUCCAAAUGUACAUAACACACAAGGCGCCCAUGGUAUGUCAGACUCAAUUGCUCCUCCAGCUUAUGAAGACAUUAAAUGGGAAUGUGGACAGAAUCAAGACCAUUUAUAACUCCAUGAUCCAAUUUGUGUUGAUGUUUAUCAAUAUUUCUAUGAUAUAUCUACACUUUCUUAAAUAAUUGUAAAAAAAUUUUAUUUCUCUACAAUGUAAGCGAUGGUAUCGCUAGCAUAGGGUAGUCUUGUUUAAAAGAUUGAGCUCUGCUACAUUUGCAUAGCAGUACUAAAUACACAAAUGGCUGCCCAAAUCCACUUAAUGAAAACUAUGUUGACUGUGAAGUCAAAGAUGAGAAAAGUAGAAGUGAUAAAAAGAACAUGUAUGCUUUUAUAAAAUUUAUUCAAGAUAUGAAAUGUAAACACACAGAGAUAACACGUAAAAGAAUUUUAAUUUUAUUUACCUUCA